AUGAAGGGCAGCUAUUCCUAUGAAAGAAGCAACCCCGGUAAUUGGAACACCAACGCCCAGGCGAUGAACAGGAGGAAGUUAAAUGUAAAAAAUGGGAGGAGUAACGACAUGUACAAUUACAACGCCGGGGUGAAUAAAUGUUCGGGGCCCCGUGCCAACACUUCAAAUGAUAAAAAAAAGGGUUUCGUGAAUGAGGAGGAGGAGGAAGAAGCUAAGGGCAAGGCCCCCCAAAAGAAUGUGGCCUCCUACCAUUACGUAGACCACGGCUACUACAACAUGGGGAAUGCUAAUAACGCGUCGUAUGCGAAGCAGAGUUAUUACAAUCAGGCAUACGUAAAGUUCCCGAACGGGAAGGGGGCCGGCGGCAACCCCAGUGCGGGCGGCGGCUACGGUGGAGGCGGCUACGGAGGAGGCGGUUACGGAGGAGGCGGCUACGGAGGAGGCGGUUACGGAGGAGGCGGUUACAGUGGCGGUGGUUACGGCGGAAACGGCUACGGGGGCAAUGGCUACGGGGGCAAUGGCUAUGGAAGCUACGGCUACGGCGGCAGCGGCUACGGCGGCAGCGGCUAUGCUGGCUAUGGGAACUACGGCAAUCACGGCAAUCACGGCAAUCACGGCAAUCACGGCGGGCACAGCGGGCACGGCGGGCACGGCGGGCACAGCGGGCACGGCGGGCACGGCGGGCACGGCGGGCACGGCGGGCACGGCGGCUACGACAAUUACGAGGGGCACGGCAAUUUUAGCAGCCAGUACGGCUGCUACGAGGGUUACAGUGGGUAUGGCGGUGGAGGCGGCUACAAUAGCGGCGGAUACAAUAAUAGUGGUGGGGGCGGGUACACCCAUGGGGGCCACCACCAGGGGAAUAACAACCACGGCGGCACGCACGACGCGCACAACCACAGCGCCAGCAAUUAUGCCAGCAAUUAUGCCAGCAAUUAUGGGUACCAUAGUUACGGCGCGCAGGAGAGCGGCCACCAGGCCAGCUACGAACACGGGGGAGCCAAGUACCACCACUACCACCACCCCCACAAGGGAAACGAGGUGCAUGUAAAGUACAACGAGCUGAUUAGCGAUGUGUAUUACAAGUCUUCUUAUUAUUUAAAAAAAAAUAGGAAGUACAUGCAGAAGCUGCUCAAGACCAACUGUGUGAUUAACAUCUUCCUGGUGAGGCACAUGGAGGCGGAUCACAACAGAGAGGUUCUAGAAAGCAAGGACAAAGCGAGGGACCUAAUUUAUAAGGAAAUAAAGUAUUUAGACUGUAAGGCCAGUGAGCAGGGCAAGCAGAUGUGUGAGGAUCUGAAGAACGACGCGAACAAUAGGAUGUACCAGAAGAUUAUGCAGCUGUAUAACGACUCCCUGCAGAGGAUGGAUGUGCCCCCUGUGGGAGGUGCAGACAGGAGCGGUGCGUCUAACAAAGGGGCUACCAUCAAGGGUGCCUCUAACCCAGGUGCUUCUAACCAGGGUGCUUCUAACCAGGGUGCUUCUAACCAGGGUGCUUCUAACCAGGGUGCCUCUAACCAGGGUGCCUCUAACCAGGGUGCCUCUAACCAGGGUGCCUCUAACCAAGGCGAUUCUAACCAAGGCGCUUCUAACCCAGGCGCUUCUAACCCAGGUGCCUCUAACCAAGGCGCUUCUAACCAAGGCGCUUCUAACCAACCCAGCAACAGCGCCGCCAACCCCGGCGCCACCCCCAGGAAGGGCAUCCUCGAACGGAACAGCGACUUCGUCAUCAUCAGCUCGCCCCUGAGGAGGUGCCUGGAAACCAUGAAAUACUAUUUUAACUUUAAAAGGAACAUCCUCGUGUACGAGUCGGUGCGCGAAAUGGCUGGCAACUACUUCAGCGACCAGAGGUCCAAGACGUCCGAGGUGAAGAAGUUCUGCGAGAGUAACUUUGAGGACUAUGAGGUGAUCUGCUUUGGGGAAAACGACAUUUUGUUUGGGGAAAAAUUUAGGGAGUCGUCCGACCAGGUGUACUGUAGGUGUCUGCAGUUUUUGAAGAUGGCGCACGCGCUGGCGGUGAAUUACUUUGCUUCGCUCGAGCGGGACAGCGAGGAAGCGGCGGGCGAAGCGGGGGAGGACCUGUGCGGCGCCGUGGAUGGAGCGGCCGGAGAGGUGGCAGCCGCAGAGGGGGUGGACAAAUCGGUCGAAGAGGUGCAAGUCAAGCGGGAAGUCGAAGUGGAGCCGGAAGGCGAAGCGGCGCCGGAAGUUGAGGUGCCGCGGGACACUCAGGAGGGGAACCCCUUAGAGAAGGAGUCCCAGUGUGGGAAGAGCGGCCAGGGGGGGGACGCAGCAGAGGGGGACGCACCAAACGGAGUGGACACAGCGGAAGUGCAGAAGAACCCCGCGAACGAAAACCAACCGCAGGAGAGCGAAAAAGAGCGAGUGUUCAACAUCGUGCUGGUUUCGCACAGCUCGUUCAUUUCCCACUUUUUGGCCCUCCUGGAUUACUUCAAUUUGGAUGAGCGUAACUUCAAUAACUGCGAGAUCAGGAAGGUGACGCUCCCCCUGUCGAACACGUUCCUCUUCUUUAACAACGUGGUGAACAUGCAGCUAGCCAGGCCCCUCUGCACGAACAAUUUCCCCCUCGUCUUUAGAAACAAAAAUAAAGUGCUGAAGAAGGCCUUCAAAGAUAAGAACAUCUAUACCCUCAGCACGUAUAACGAUUUUGAUGAAAUGACUUGCCAGCAGCCAUGCACGUUGGUCAUCUAUCAGUACGCCGCUUUGGUAAAAGAGGAGAAGUAUCAGAAGUACUUGGAAAAGGUAAAAAGCUUUGUUCAGCUAGCGAAUAAGGAACAUGAAGAGGAAGAACAGAUCUACUCCAAUGGGAUGUUUAAGAACUACGUGAAGAAGGAGAAGAAGGAAAUGGGUAGGAGCAUCCUCGUGACAGAUGCUAGUGAGCAUUUGCUUUACGUGCCUAAGAAGAAUGCUUGGGAGGUAAACAGAAAGGGCUUUUUUGUGGGUCAAAAUGUGGUCAUCAUAGUUCUGCCAGAUGUAGAACCCACUGCUAGUGCGAAUAACCCCAGCAAGAGUAAAGAUCCCAAGGACAAGUCGAAUGAACUCUCCCUCCAUAUGGACAGCGUAAUUCAAGUGGUGAACAAUUAUAAGCAUGUGCAGGACCUGAUUAAGUCAAAAGAUUUUUGGAAAGUCCUCAAGGACAGCAUUAGCCAUCUAGAUCUGAACACAUUUCAGGAGUACCUCAUUGGGAGAUACACCAAAGUCGUUACAUCUGAGGAGGCAGACAGUUUCUGCUACCUCGAUUUGGCUAGCUGCUUAGAAAGUAAAACCUUUAUGGAGAAGUUCCAAGACAGAUGCAAUGGCUACUUGAAGCGUUUGAAGGAGCGGUGCGAUGCUUUUGCCUACGUGGAUCUGGAGCAGGAGUGCAGGCAUAUUAAUGAGAACCUGCUGACUGAGAUGUUCCCCAGGGAGUACCCCUCCUCCGGUGUAAGCGGCCGUUUGCCCGGUACUGGCGAUAGGGCCACUGGUAAGGAAGACGCCCUGCUGGAUGAGCGCACCCUAGUUAGGAAGAAGUUCAUGUGCAUCCCGAGGAGGGCGGCCGUCACCGCGAAGGUGGCCGCGCAGGCGCUCUUCGGGCACUCCAAUCAAGCGGCCACGUUGGGGGCAGCCUCGUUAGCUGCGGGAGGAGGAGAGGCCCUGGCGACGAGCAAGAACUUCCUGCAAGAAAACAUCAACACGUUGAAGUCCUUCCCGCAGUCCAUCCAGAACCUAAAUGUGGAGAUGUUCUAUCGGGACCACUUCUUCUACUUCCACUGCCUGCACCGUUUUAUAAAAAGCAAAAACAAAGUGGAGGGUCUCAUCAUUUCGAAGCUGCUGGCCUUCCUGGACUUGCUAAGAGCGUUCGAUGUCAGUGCGACGAACAAAAUCUUUCAGAAGCUCUCCAAGCUGGAGGGCCUGAUCGAGAACAACACCAGCUUGGACGAGGAGGACCGCCUGGUCAACACCUAUUCCUGCGAUAAGAAGUGCGCCCAGGCGAACAACACCUCCUACUACGACGAGUCCGCGCGCAAGUACAAGGCGAUCCAGACGUUGAGAGGAAGGAAGAAAGGAGUCGUCGACGACCUGAACUACAUGCGCUACAACCUGCUCACCGUCUCGGGCGGAGCCGAGAACGUCUUCAUUUUGAAUGUCCUGAAGUAG